AUGGACCCCCUGGAGCCGAUGGGGAGGGAGAACGACACCGCAGUGACCGAAUUCAUCCUCCUUGGUCUCUCCAGCAACCCAGCAGAGCAGCUUGUCCUCUUUGGGGUCUUCACAGCCAUCUACCUGGUGGCCCUGAUGGGCAACAUGCUCAUCUUACUGCUGGUCAGCCUCGACUCCCGGCUUCACACACCCAUGUACUUCUUUCUGGUCAACCUCUCGAUGGUGGACAUCGGCUACACCAGCUCCACCGUGCCCAAGAUGCUGGCCAAUUACCUGUCACGGGACAAGUCCAUCUCGUGGGCCGGUUGCCUCUCCCAGAUGUUCUUCUUCAUCUCCUUUGGGGGGAUCGAGUGCCUGCUACUGGGGGUCAUGGCCUACGACCGCUACGUGGCCAUCUGUCACCCGCUACAAUACGGUGCGUUCAUGAACCGGCGGGUGUGUGCCCUGCUGGCUGCAGCAGCCUGGACCAUGGGCUUUACCAACUCGGCUGUGCAUUCAUCCCUGAUGUCCAUCCUGUCCUUCUGCCGGGGCAACAUCCUCCACCACUUCUUCUGCGACAUUCCCCCGCUCUUCCAGCUCUCCUGCUCCGACACCCAGACCAACCAGGCUGUCACUUUUGCCUUUGGGGGUGCCGUGAUCUUGGGCUCUUUCCUGGGGACACUGGUGUCCUAUGUGUACAUUGUGAUGGCUGUUCUCAGGAUCCACACGAGGGAAGGGCGCCUCAAGGCCUUCUCCACCUGCGCCUCCCACCUGACUGUGGUCAGCCUCUACUUUGGCACCAUUAUCUUCACCUACAUCCGCCCCAACUCCACCUACUCGCAGGAGCAGGACCGGGCACUGCCUGUGCUCUAUGGCAUUGUCACCCCCAUGCUCAACCCCAUCAUCUACAGCCUGAGGAACAAGGAUGUGAAAGGGGCGCUCCGAAAAGCCCUGGCUAGGAGCUAG